CUGCAUAUAGGAGAUUGUAUUGAAGAUCUUGGUCCUUGUCGUGGAUUUUGGCAAUUUCCGAUGGAAAGGUAUUGUGGAAUGUUAAUUCCACUUAUUAGCUCUCGAAAACUUCCAUAUGUGAAUUUAAUUAAUAAUGUGUUGCUGCAAGAAAGGUUUAAGUAUCUACAA